AUGCAUUACUCAAACCUGUCUCUUUGCCUUCCUCUCCUCAAUGCUACAACAACCCAGGCUGUUUCAUUGGACCCGGCAACAAAGGACGAUGAUGCGCCUAUAGUCCCCAAGGAUUUUGUUGGCUUUGGCAUUGAGAAUGCCUUUCUAAAUAACUAUGCAAAUGACUUCUCCAACAACCUCAUCGCCUCCAUCGCGGAUCGCAUGGGCGCCCCGCCAGUCCUUCGAGUUGGUGGCACAAGCGGUGAUAAGUUCUCGUAUGAUCCAUCACAGACCGAGAACAGGAUCUGCCUCGAACGUAACGGCAGCGACUGCCCAAACGGUAGCGAUGCAUACUACAGUCUAGGACCUUCGUUCUUUGAAGGCUUUCAAAGCUUUCAAAGUGCCAAGAUCAACAUCCAGGCGCCUCUCAAUUCCACUGUCAACUUGACCAUGACUCUCGCCUACGUGACGCAGGCUUGGGAGAAUGUUGGGGCAGAAAGGGUCGAUGCCAUUGCUCUAGGCAAUGAGCCCGAGUGGUACGAUGCCACGGCUGAGAAGUAUGUCGAUGACGCUCUGCAGAUUCAAGCCGCUAUCAUCGAUGCGCUGAAUCUCACGGGCGAUGCUCGGAAGAUAUUCGAAGCGAGUAACACGGCAAGUGAGAAUGCGGGAACCGGAAACAAAUGGAAGCUAUCAGAUGCACUCAGUGCCGGAAUGAAUAACAAUGGUCUGCUCAAGAAUACAGCCGAGCAUUAUUACCAGGUCAAACCACCCCAGACUUGGAAUGAUGCCACAAUGCAAGCAAGAAUGCUCAAUCAUUAUACAAUUACCAAUCGCCUCGCCAACUACUCGGAAAGUAUCCAAGCCUCAAAGGCUAUGGGUCUACCCUACUACAUUGACGAGGACGCAGCAGUCCUAGGCGGCGCACCACCACAGUUUCAAAGCGGAUUCGGCUAUGCCCUCUGGGCUGUCGAUUUCAACCUGCUCUGCAUGACACGAGGCGUGGCGCGCGUCAACAACCUGGCAGGUCGGCCCUCGGCCAGUCGCCAGUUCUGGGUGCCUGACGACUCGGCGGUCGACACCAACACGGGUCCUCAGGUCCGCGCCCCGUUCCCGGCUGCCGCCUACGUGGCGGAUUUCAUCGGAGCCGAGGGCGACACUGCUGUGCAAGAGAUUGAUCUCGGAGAAGAUCGGCCGUAUCUGAGCGCAUACUCGGCGUACGACAAUGCGUCUGGUGCGCUCCUGCGUCUGGCACUCGUCAAUCUGCGUCUCUAUAACGGCACUCUCGGAGGAGAACGGGGGAGUGAAGACUUUAAUGUCACACUCCCCGCGGGCGUGACGUCCGUUACAGUUCGGCGACUUCACGCUGACCUUGGCGCCGCUGCGCAAGGCUUUGACUACGCCGGGCCAACCCACAAUGUGAGCUGGGCUGGGGAGCAGUGGAGUUAUAGUGUUGAUCUCGGCAAGGGUCACUAUACUACGGGUAGUCCAGUCAUGGAGACUAUCAAUGUGGACGAUGGAGUUGCCACUGUCAAUGUGUUGAAUAGCGAAGCUGUGAUUGUCUACAUCGAUGGCAUGUAA